GCUAGCGACCCCAGCCCGAGCGAGCGCUGAGCGGCGAGCGCGGCCCCUGGUGCUGCGCGGGCCCGGCGCGCCCAUGGCGGCCAUCCGCAAGAAGCUGGUGGUGGUGGGCGACGGCGCGUGCGGCAAGACGUGCCUGCUGAUCGUGUUCAGCAAGGACGAGUUUCCUGAGGUGUACGUGCCCACCGUCUUCGAGAACUAUGUGGCCGACAUCGAGGUGGACGGCAAGCAGGUGGAGCUGGCGCUGUGGGACACGGCGGGCCAGGAGGACUACGACCGCCUGCGGCCGCUCUCCUACCCCGACACCGACGUCAUCCUCAUGUGCUUCUCGGUGGACAGCCCGGACUCCCUGGAGAACAUCCCCGAGAAAUGGGUGCCCGAGGUGAAGCACUUCUGCCCCAACGUGCCCAUCAUCCUGGUGGCCAACAAGAAAGACCUGCGCAGCGACGAGCACGUCCGCACCGAGCUGGCGCGCAUGAAGCAGGAGCCCGUGCGCACGGACGACGGCCGCGCCAUGGCCGUGCGCAUCCAAGCUUACGACUACCUCGAGUGCUCGGCCAAGACCAAGGAGGGCGUGCGCGAGGUCUUCGAGACGGCCACGCGCGCCGCGCUGCAGAAGCGCUACGGCUCCCAAAACGGCUGCAUCAACUGCUGCAAGGUGCUAUGAGGCCGUGCCGCCCCGCCUGCCCUGCCCCGCGGCUCCCCCUCCGGCCCGGCGCCACGAGCCCGGGGAAGGGGAGACCCACGCCCCGGGGCCACCGCCGCACUGCCUGGCAUCAGUUGGCGGCUCCGGCUGUCGCACCAAGGACUAGCGUGGGCGUCGGCGCCCCCUUCCCAGUGUCUGCGUGCACUGUGUUGCACGGGCCCGGGCGUCCCGCCGAGUGCCAAGGGGUUCCCGAGCAUCCUUUCUGAAGAGCCAGGCCUCAGAGUGUGUGGCUGCGUGUGUGUUCGACUUCUCCCGCCCCAUUUUUUACCCCACCUCCGCCUCUGGUCUCAGGGGCACGCGGGGCGCCGGCGGGUGGCCGCGCCCCAUCCGAUGUCGCCUGUAGCCGGCAAGCGCGUGCUGUCCCUUGUCUGUAACAUAGACCUCGGGAACUGCGGGAGGGAGGGCUGGGGAGGACGGGAGGGUGUUAUAUAAAUACAGAUAUAAUUUUAUUUUCGGAGGUAAAACUGGGUUUAAUGGUGGUGGCAGCGAGUGGAGUGACCAGAGUGCCACGAAAGCUCCGGCCCAGGCUGGAUCAGGCGCCCAUCCAAGCAUGGACUGGACUUGGCCAUCUUUCUGACCCCUGGGUUAGACAUUCGCAACUGACCUGGGGUGAGGACGCGGCUCCUGCGAGCAGCCCCCAGCGAACCCUUCACCUGCCAGCCACCUGCAGGCGCUGCCGGGUUGAUUUUGCCAUAGCGAACUUUGUGCCUGUCCUACAAGUGGAAAUUCUUCGGUCUAAGAAAUUGUUACUUGAUUUAUUUAAAGGCUGAACUUUUUGUUGUUGAAAGAAUUCUUUGCACAAUUGUUUCAUUAUUUGACACUUAAUGCACUUGUCAUUUGCAUAAGACAGUAGCAUUCUGACCACACUUGUAUGCUGUAACCUCAUCUACUUCUGAUGUCUUUUUUAAAAAACAAUGAUGACUUUUAAAACAAAGAGAGGGAAAAAACCCACUGAUACUUGCUUUGUUUUCUUGGGAAAAAGGGGAGCGACACUGUUUUGUGAUUUUAUUGUGCAGGUUGUGCACACUUUGGGUAAAGGAAGGUAACAAGUAUUGGGGUCUAUUUAAAACUUUUUUCUCAAGGCAGUCUCUAGAGCUUUGUGAAAUUUUCUCUGCAUCUUUGUACAGAGAGUAAACCUACCCGUUUUCUUUUUCCCCUCCCCUCCCAGCCCAGUGGUACUUCUACUAAAUUGUUGUCUUGUUUUGUUAUUUUUUAAAUAAACUGACAAAUGACAAAGUGAUGAGCUUAUGAUGUUUACAUAAAAGUUCUAUAAGCUGUGUAUACAGUUUUUUAUGUAAAAUAUUAAAAGACUAUGAUGAUGACAUUUA